UUUCUUCUAAACCUCCGCCAUCAGAAUCGAACUGCAGUCAGCUCCGUCUCGAUUUUUGUUGGGAGCAGCUUGUAAAAGAAGUUGGAGGACACCCUCGCAUAUAUCGACGAACUUCGCGGCCCAGCAUGAGGGAUGCCAACGUUUUUGCAUUCCGCAAGGCCAUGCCUCGAAUGAGCUGGUCUCCGCGUAAUCUGUACAACCUCUGGAGGCGCUCCUGCGCAGCCGAGGCCGAGGCCAUUGACUUCACCCGCUCGCCUAAGACGCUGUUCCAACAGCGCUGGAUCUCGAAAGCCCUCGUGCGUGCAUACCAUGGCGACUUCAUCAACGAGAAAAUAUUCAAGCGGUGUAAUGGUGAUCUCGACGCGUUUGCCGGACGUACUGAACAGUUGCAGAGAGCGAAGAAGAAAGCGUAUGACGAGCAGAAGAAAGGAUUGGCUCCUGUGGGCAGUUUGAUGCUUGCAGAGGUGGAGAGACGCAUUGACGUGUUCAUCUUCCGGUGCUGUUUUUCGCAUAGUGUCUAUGAGGCACGGAGACUUGUCAUUCAUGGAUCCGUCCUGCUAAAUGGCAAGAAGCACACGAAUGCCAAUACGCGUCUAGCCCCAGGCGACAUGAUCUCGGUUGACCCUGCAGCUAUCCGUUUCCUCCAAGAGCCCGGCUCCUCCAUGACAGAUUCUGAAGGUGAACAACCCUCAGACUCCGAGCCUAAAUCCGAUUCCUUGGAUCCCUCCCAGCCCAAUCCUUCCGCAAAAAUCGCUUCCACAAAGUCCUCCGCCAUAUAUGUGCGCCACCCAACGGCACGCCCAGGAUACAGUGAAAUUCCAACUCCCUACGAUGCUGAUGGUGAAGUCAUUCGGCUGGCAUGGGAAUGGUACUCAAAGAUGCGACCAAGGACCAGGAGUAAGAGUCCAGAUGGCAAGGGAACCAGAGAACCGCAGGGAAUUCCAGAUAAAUUCAAUUAAUCUAGAGUGUUCUUUCUACGUAGAAUGAGGUCUACGCGGGA